CCAUGAUGAGAACUUCAGUGAAAAUAUGUCAGUGCAGUUUGUGUUAUUAACAGACAGGCAUACGCUGCAAUCGCCAAGAGUUCAUGAGGGAUAACAGUGCGUUACAAAAGUGCUUCUGAAAGACUAUUCCGGAAGGCUCUCUUAGAGUGCUGGCGGGGUUUGGGCGAACAUGGAGGAAGAAAGGGCAAAUGAGUGUGCUGGCGGCUUCCGUAACCAUGGCUUCCAGGGAGAGGGGAGGGACUGUCAGAGCCGGUCACGGGACCCCAAACACGGCGGCGACAACCGGUCCUCCACUUUCCCAGCUGGCUCUGCGCCUGCUGGUCGCCUCCCCUCCCCCAGUCGCACGCUGCGUGCCUGCUCGUUGGCUACUUAGGACGGAAGCUCGGUUGGUGUUUCUCCAGAAGUUUCCCCUGUGGGCGGCGGCGGUCCUGGUAACUGCGGUAGUACCAGCUCCCCCGGUAGCGACAGUGGCUGUUAGGGAUGGCGGCGGCCGCAGCAGAACCUGCAACACCUCAGCGGUUUUUCCAGUGCUUUUCAGAUGCUUUGAUCGAAGAGGAUCCCCAGGCGGCGUUAGAGAUGCUGUUGCUGAUGUAAAAAGGUCCCUUGAACUCAAUCCAAAUAAUUCCACUGCUAUAAUGAGAAAAGGGAUAUGUGAAUACCAUGAAAAAAACUAUGCUUCUGCUCUAGAAACUUUUACAGAAGGACAGAAAUUAGAUAGUGCAGGUGCUAAUUUCAUUGCCUGGAUUAAAAGGUGUCAAGAAGCUCUGAAUGGGUCAGAAUCUGAGGUGUCUGCAUCCCAGCGGACUCAGUCAAAAAUCAAGUAUGAUUGGUAUCAAACAGAAUCUCAAGUAAUCAUUACACUUAUGAUCAAGAAUGUUCAGAAGAAUGACGUAAAUGUGGAAUUUUCAGAAAAAGAGUUGUCUGCUUUGGUGAAACUUCCUUCUGGAGAAGAUUACAAUUUGAAACUGAGAUUGCUUCAUCCUAUAAUACCAGAACAGAGUACGUUUAAAGUACUUACAACAAAGAUUGAAAUUAAAAUGAAAAAGCCAGAGGCUGUGAGAUGGGAAAAGCUAGAGGGGCAAGGAGAUGUCCCUACUUCAAAACAGUUCAUAGCAGAUGUAAAGAACCUAUAUCCAUCUUCAUCUCAUUAUACAAGAAAUUGGGAUAAAUUGGUUGGUGAGAUCAAAGAAGAAGAAAAGAAUGAGAAGUUGGAGGGAGAUGCAGCUUUAAACAAACUAUUUCAGCAGAUCUAUUCAGAUGGUUCUGAUGAAGUGAAACGUGCCAUGAAUAAAUCAUUUAUGGAGUCUGGUGGUACAGUUUUGAGUACCAACUGGUCUGAUGUAGGUAAAAGGAAAGUUGAAAUCAAUCCUCCUGAUGAUAUGGAAUGGAAAAAGUACUAAAUAAAUUAAUUUGCUAUCAUUGUAUUGCAUAUACUCACCUAAUGCCCAUUGUGUAUUGGUGUUGCAUUCUUGAAUUUUGAACACUGAAUAUCAUUUUGAAAGAUUAUACCUCUUUACCUCUUUGUGCUUUAGAAAUUAUUUUCCUUCAAGUAUUCUAAGAGUCUAAUGAAGAAUGAAGAUCACAUUUUUAUCACUUCUGUCCUUAAGGAUUUCAAACUUGCUGAAAAACUGAAUUUGCUACUAGAUAGAUUAGUUCUGUCUAGUUGUGAGGGUGAAGAAAUCUUUAAUGGCAUAUCUUGGAUUAUUGCCUUAUUUUUGAUGCAGUAUUCUGUUAAUAGUUUAUUAAACCUGGCAACUUUGGUUUAGCAUAAAUUUUUCAAAUUCAGUGUUAUAUCGUGUUUGCUUUUAAAAACUGCUUUUGGAGUUGUAAAUACAAUUUUUCUAUGAAAGUUUGGUUUAUUUACCUUAAGUUUUUAAUGAGUCCUAUGAGAAAUUAUUUAUCAUAGGAAAUUCCCAUUUAAUUAUUUUUAUGGGAAGUAUUUGUAAUUGCACUGAGAUUUUGGUCCUACCUUCCAAAUUCCUGUAUAAAAAAACAUAGAUCCUUGAAUUUAACACACAGCAAAUUUAACUAUAGUUAGGAUAGUCUGUGAAGCCAAGGUAAAGAAAGAUCUAGAAAAGCCCAGCUUCUCUUUUUUGUUGCCUUUACCACAGUGGUAUUCUUGAAGCUAUAGCAGUAAUGGAGUUUUUUAUUUUUAUUAUGUUUUUUCUUUACUAGAAAAUCUCUGUUCUGGAAUCCAUACUUGUUUCAGUGGUAUUAGUUAUUUACUUUAAAGUAAAUUAAUGUGUAUAUGUUGAGUAUUUACUCUGUGCCUAAAAACUAUAGAUACCAUGGGAAUACAAAAACUAAAAGACAUGAUCAUUAAUUUCAGAGUUUAUAAUGUAAUGGAGAAAAAGAAAGUGAACAUUGAUGAAAUAAUUAUAGAAUGCUUACUGAGCUCAUUGUAAAUGUAGAUGGGAAAAAUUGUUCUGUGAUUAAAAUCCUUUAGUCUAAGCUCUUUUAUAAGGUGUAGGUCAUGGAUGACUUGUAAAUCUCAUGUUAUAUUUUCACCAUAAUAUUUUUAGCCUUUAUGCCCUAGAGGUUGAUCUCUGCUGCGUUAGGUGUCACUGACAUUUUUGUGGCAAGACACUGCCUAGAACUGAGAGUAGGAUGAAUGAGAAGCAAAUUGGCCAUCAUUUCAGCCUAAGAGUAGAUAUUCAGCUUCUUCCUUCUACGCCUUUAUGUGAGAUGUAGGAGAGUUCAUAAGAAAAGUGAAGGUAGCGUGAUCCUAGAUAAUGUUCAAACCUGUUGUUAAAACUUGUUAAAGCAUGUUGCAGUUAUUGCUUUUCCUUCUACCCUACAAGCUACUUUUUUAUGUUCUCUGAGUAUGCCUGUUAGCUAGAUUUGUUUAAUAUUGGCAGGAUUCAGUAUUUUGCUGGUCUUAAUGGAAUUCCUAAUAUAUAUGAGAUUGAAAGCAUUAUAAAAUGCAUGUGAUCUAAAUAUGUUAGAUUUGUAAAUCAAGGUAGUUUUGAGAGAAGUAGGCCAAACUGCUGUGCAAAAAAGUACUACUGUGGUUCUGCUAUUAUUUCACCCUUCUAGAUAAUGGAAAUUUGUAAGCUCACAGAAAGUUUUAAAACAUUCUGAUUAAGAGCCUCUUACUGUAUUCUUACUCUCUACUAAUCUCAAAGUACCUGUUAUUAAUUGGUCUCAUUUUCUUUCUAGAUUCUCAUUUUCAUUUUUCAAGUUUUGGUUCUCAAUCUUCUAAAUUGUUCCUUCAGAAUGUACUUUUUUCUGCAUUAGUGUUUCUUUUCCUCUUUUUAAGGUUUAAUUCUGGAAUGUAUUUUUUUUUCCUUAAUCAUAAAGACUUCAUCUGUUCUGAUUUCUAUCAUAAUUUGCACCUUGAUGAGUUUCCAGAAUUUCUCUGUCUUUAAAGACUUUUUUUUUUGUCUUCAAAGACUUUUAAAUGAGAUACUCUGCUUCUUUGAACUCUGCUAUGUAGUGAUCACUUUGAAUGGCCAUACAGUAGGUUCAAAACAAGGUCAAUUUUGACAGUUUCUUGUCUGUCCUAAUACCCAUUCAGAGUUGGUUGCCAACUAACUAGUUUGACACGUUGACACUUUCUGGUCAUUUUUUCAAGAUAUGUUUUCUGUCUUUUUGUGUAAUGGAGAGAGAGGAUGGUUUGCAUUAAUAACUACAAUUAUUUUUCCUUUUAAGUGUGUGUGCUUGGGUAGGUAAAUGAGUGUGUGUAUUGCUGAGGAUAAUAGGCCUUUACACGUGCCGUGCAAGCACUCUACCACUAAGCCACAUUCCCAGCCCCACUACAAUUAUUAUUAUUAUUAGGUACUAGGUAUUAGACUCAGGGCACUCAACCACUGAGUCACAUCCCUAGCCCUUUUUGUAUUUUAUUUAGAGACAGGGUCUCACUUAGUUGCUUAGGGCCUUGCUAAAUUGCUGAGUCUGCCUUUGAAUUCCUUAGCUUCCUGAGCUGCUGGGAUUACAGGUGUGCGCCACUGUUCCUGGCCUUGGUCUUUUAUAUUCCCUUAUUUAUAUGUGGUGCUGAGAAUUGAAUCUAGUGCCUCACACAUGCUAGGCAAGUGCUCUACCACUGAGCCACAACCUCAGCCCUACAAUUAUUUUUAACACUUUUGUUUAUUUUAGACUUACUAUAAUCACUAAUUGCAGAACAUUGAAGCAUUAUUGUUAAUGUAUCCCUAUGCUUGGAAAAGCUUUGUAUUUUCUUGGUGGUCUAACUUAUAGAAGACAAAAAUAAUGGAACUGUCCUAUGUAAAUUUCUAGAUGAAUUCAAAUAAACAUUUAUUAAAAUGAGGUGUAUCGGCAUGUCAUAAGUAAUUUAGAGAGAAAUUUUAAUUCAGUAUUUGGAUGUUGUUUUUUUUCCUCCCAUUUAAUUCCAUAUCAACUGAGGUAAUUGAUCUCUGAGGUAGUCUCAAUGACCCAGAGCAAAAUUGCAUAUUAAUUUACCAUCUGAUCAGCCUAAUACACUUAUAAUCCCUCUGGGAUCUGCUUUGUCCAGAUUUGUUUGUAUCUAUUACUAACACUUCCAAAAAUAAUUAGAAAAUUCCUGGGUUGGGUUUAUUUUUGUUAAAUAUUAGAGCCACUUAUACUUUGUAACCAGCUCUAAACUUGAAGCUAUGUAGUCUUAAGUAAGAGGAAUCAUCCACAUUGACCUGGUUUCCUUUGUCUCCAAUUGUGUAUUUUCUUAAUAAAAAGAUUGUUUUCCAUUAA